AUGGAGGUGGAGGAGGAGGAAAGACGCUCUCCACACGAUCAUGGGGAUCGGUGUGUUCCCGAGAGCUUCUUUGAUCGCGUAACUCUUGCGUUACGCGACGAUCUCGAACACGAGCGGGGCAGGCGUCUACAAUUGGCGGACACUGUCUUGAAGCAUCGAGCUGAGUUUGCCUUUGCUCAGCUUGAGAACGAGAGAUCUCUGACAUCUCUUCGUGACGAGCUAAGGGUAGCUCGUGGGAUUGUUGAUCGGUCUCGGGCUGAGAUAACCGCUCUUCAGACCCUUGUUGAUGCCCACCAUCGGGAGCACAAGGCUCUCUGCGAGAUGCUUGAGCGCAAGGGCGUUCUUCAUCGGAAGAAGCAGCGUACUGAUGGUACGGCUUAA